UGGCCUGUGUGGUGCAGAGUUGGUUUCAGCUAGGUCCUUUAGGCAGAUGUAAAAUUUUUCAUUCGGCGCAGUAUGUUAUUUACACUGCUGUGUCAGUUGAAAACUGUAGAGUAAUCAGCAUGUCUGGAAGAGGUAAAGGAGGAAAGGGACUCGGUAAAGGAGGCGCGAAGCGUCACCGUAAAGUUCUGCGCGAUAACAUCCAGGGAAUCACCAAACCCGCCAUUCGCCGUCUGGCUCGUCGUGGUGGUGUUAAGCGUAUCUCUGGUCUCAUCUACGAGGAGACCCGCGGGGUGUUGAAGGUGUUCCUUGAGAACGUGAUCCGCGAUGCCGUCACCUACACCGAGCACGCCAAGAGGAAGACCGUCACCGCCAUGGAUGUGGUGUACGCGCUGAAGAGACAGGGACGCACUCUGUACGGAUUCGGUGGAUAAACUGCACAAACAACAACACAACGGCUCUUUUAAGAGCCACACAACAUUUCACUGAAAGAGAAUUAAUGUUACUUGUAUGUACAAACAGAAUCUGCGCGUGCAGAAAUCUGCAGAUAUUUAGGCCAUCAAGUAUUACUUUAUAAUGUCACGUAUAUUAAAGAGAUGUAGUGUUAUAAAUGUUCAUGAUUCGUUUACAAAACAGACUAAAGUAUGUUUUGUCUAAGUGGGUAACGUUAUUUUCUUUGUUUACCAACUAAGUGGCUCUAAUUGGAUUUGCAUUGCUGAAAUGAAGUUUAUAUAUAUAUAUUAUUUCAUCUGUUAAGUUUUUAGCUGUGAUUCUCGAAUUAUUCUGCAUAAAUCCGCACUUUUUACUAAAUUCUCUGAAGAAAAGGCAAAAAAAUGUUCGCAGAUUCUCUCUGGCCCUGUUAAUUACCUAUUAUGAGUCUUCUUUAAAUGUAUUUAAAAUAAUGUUCUUAACAUACCGCUCAAAAGUAGCAUAAGCUGAUUUUUACAGUUUAUUAUUAGAUGGCUUUCAUGGUUGUGAUGUUAAGAAAGCAGGUUCCCUGUAGUGUGCGAUAUAUAUGCACAAGAAUGUUUGCAAUAAAAUAAAGGCUUUUGCUCAAAGGGCUUAAUC